AAUAAAAGUAAGCUAGUGGCCGCGACAGUGAUCAUUCAAAGGGAAAUAAGGCCAAAGAUGCUACACAUUCCCGAACACCUGGCCACAUAUUCCUAAAAAAUAGAUAAAACCGGCAGAAAGUGGAGCGAAACUGCAGCAUGGAAACCACAAGCAACAACAAUGACAAUGGGUACAUGAACCAGGCGUUUGUGGGUUCACUGAACGCCUCAACCAUAUCGAUACCAGGGGCCUACAAGCCCAAUGAUCCCGCGAAUGGCAAGAAGCCCACUCCGGCUGGCUCUUCAGGAUUAGGAGCUGCGCCAGGACCUGCAGAUGACCAGCCGGGAGUGGAGGCGGGUCAGCAGGGCAAGCAGCGCGCCAGCUGGAACAACGACAUCGAGUUCCUCAUGUCCUGCAUCGCCCUCAGUGUGGGUCUCGGCAACGUCUGGCGAUUCCCCUUCACGGCGCUGGAGAACGGCGGCGGCGCCUUCGUGAUCCCCUACCUCAUUGUCCUGGUCCUGGUGGGCAAGCCCGUGUACUACCUGGAAAUGCUGCUGGGCCAGUUCUCCAGUCGCGGCAGUGUGAAGGUCUACGACUUCUCGCCCAUCAUGAGAGGCAUUGGAUAUGGCCAGGUGCUGGCCACUGGUAUCGUGACCACCUACUACGCCACGCUAAUGGCCCUGACGCUCCGCUACUUCGUGGACUCGUUCUACCCGACCUUGCCGUGGAGCUACUGCCGAGCGGAAUGGGGUCCUGACUGCCUGGACUCGGGUCCGCAGGAGGCCGUGGCACUAGGUGCCAUACUCGAGAGCACGGGAGUGCGCAAGACCUCGGCGGAGUUCUACUUCAUCAACAUCGUUCUGCGCGAGAAGGCGAGCAUCGAUGACGGCAUCGGGUAUCCCAGCUGGAGUCUGGCCCUGGCUUUGGCCGUGGCCUGGGUCAUCAUAGCCGGGAUCAUGUUCAAGGGGGUGAAGAGUUCCGGCAAGGCCUCCUACUUCCUGGCCCUCUUCCCGUACGUGGUGAUGUUCGUGCUGCUGGUCAGAGCACUCAGCCUGCCGGGCGCCUUCGACGGGGUGCUCUACUUCCUGCGGCCGCAGUGGCACAAGCUCCUGGAGCCGCAGGUGUGGUAUGCGGCCGUCACCCAGGUGUUCUUCUCGCUGGCCAUCUGCUUCGGCAACAUCAUCAUGUACGCCUCCUACAACCGCUUCGGCCACAACAUUUACAGGGAUGCCAAUAUCGUGACCACGCUGGACACCUUCACUUCACUGCUGUCCGGCGUGAUUAUCUUCGGGAUUCUGGGCAACCUGGCGCACGAGAACAACACCAGCGACAUCGCCAGCGUGGUGAAGGGCGGUCCGGGGCUGGCCUUCAUCUCGUACCCCGACGCCAUUGCCAAGUUCAAGUUCCUGCCGCAGCUCUUCUCCGUGCUCUUCUUCCUCAUGCUCUUCGUGCUGGGCAUCGGUAGCAACGUGGGCAUGGCCUCCUGCCUGUCCACGGUGAUCAAGGACCAGUUCGGGCACCUGCGCAACUGGACGAUAGUGGUGGGCAUAGCCGUGGUGGGCUACCUGCUGGGCCUGCUCUACCUCACGCCGGGCGGACAGUUCGUGCUCAACCUGCUGGACUACUUCGGGGUGACCUUCGUGGCUCUGGUGCUGGCCAUCUUCGAGCUGGUGGCCAUCGCCUGGGUGUACGGCGUGAAGCGGCUCUGCCGGGACGUCGAGUUCAUGAUUGGCAUCAAGACGUCGCUGUACUACCGCAUCUGCUGGGCGGUGGUCACGCCGCUGCUGAUGCUCACCAUCCUCGUCUACACGCUGGUGCUGUAUGAGCCGCUCAAGUACAAUGACUACACCUACCAAUCGGGAGUGUACGUUUUUGGCUGGUGCCUGACUGCCUUCGGCGUGGGUCAGGUGCUGUUCUGGGCCAUUCCCGCCGUGCGGCAACAGCCCGCGCACUUGGGCCUCUGGGCCCGCGUCCGCAAGGCCUUUGAGCCGCUGCCCAGCUGGGGACCCGCCGACCCACAGACCCUCAAGCGGUACCAGCUGUUCGUCCAGGAGGGCAACGCCAGCGCCAUGUUCCAGCGCAGCAGUAUCUGGCACAGAAUCUGCGACAAUAUCUUCGGCUAGCUUUGAAUUAGCAGUAAAACUAUAUACCAUUUAAGUCGCUUUACGAGAGGAACCCUUUUUUAGCAAUAAAAAUCAGUCCCAGCCCCGGGCUUUAGUGCCAAAUUAAAUGGCAGUUGGAGUUGCCCUCGGGGCGAUCGUAGCAAAUACAAA